GGAGACAUCUACUGCGCAUGCGCAUACGGAGAGCGGCGCUGGGCCAUGUUGUCUGCAGCCAGGUUCCUCUCAGACUCAGUCCUCCUCUAAACGCUCCUGUCAGCUGAUCCGCUGCUUUCAGCUCCUCGAACCUUCACCGCUCUUUGGUCCCAUAUCACCUGUUUCACCUGUGUGGUCGGAGGCUGCCGAUGAGUCGAUGACGUCCCUGCGGCUGCUGUCGGUGGAUCCGUCAGACCGGGGCUCUCAGAGAUGCAGGCUGGGUCCCGGCUUGAUGUCGGCCCUGGGUCUGAGUCUGGGCUCCCCCCUGCUGGUGCCUGUCCCGGGGGGAAGCUGCCUGUGCACCGCCUGGCCCCGCUCCGACCUGGCAGAGGGUUUUCUGCAGAUGGACCUGAAGUGUUCGUCUCCCGGUCUGAUCUCUCGUCCUCCCACACUCCUGCACCUGGACCCCGACCAACUCACGCCUGUACCCUGCCCCAAACUGAAAGGUGUUAAGAUAACCGUCGUAGUCCAGACUUUUGACUUUAAGAAACACACACCUCACAAAGUUAUUCAUGAGCUCGUGAAAGACAUGCUGAGAGGUGUGUGUGUCCAUGAGAAGCACGUGAUAAACCUGGAGGACGUUGACACAGAGAUCAGAUAUGUUGUGAUUGAAAGCCUUCACCCGGACUCUACCAGUUCUGGAUUAAUCACCUCGAAAACCGGUGUGGAGAUAAUUGGCAUCCAGACAGUCCGCCAUUACAGGAGUCAGCAGCAGGACCAGAACACCGUGUCACUGGGGGGACUGGAGGAGGUGAGUGCUUCCCUGAGAGAGAUGCUGCAGCUGCCUCUGCUUUACCCAGGUACCCUGAACUCACUGGGUGUGUCGUGUCCCAGAGGUGUCCUCCUGGUGGGGCCCUCAGGGGUGGGCAAGACCCUGCUGGUCCACAAAGUGGUGGGGGAGGUGGGAGCCAGUCUGGUGUUGGUCAGAGGACCAGAGGUGGUGGGAUCCCGGCCGGGUGAGAGCGAGGAGAGGCUGCGGGCUGUGUUUGAGCGAGCUCGAGCUGCAGCCGAAGAGGGCCCGUGUGUGCUGUUCUUAGACGAGCUGGACUCUCUGUGUCCGAGGAGAACCGGCUCGUCGGCACCGGAGAACCGCCUGGUGGCUCAGCUCCUCACUCUGAUGGACGGGAUCAAUCAGUCUGAUCGCUUCCUCAUCGUUGGAGCCACCAACCGGCCGGACAGCUUAGACCCGGCACUGCGGCGACCGGGAAGAUUCGACAGAGAAGUUAUCAUCGGAGCUCCCACUUUGCAGCAGAGAAAAGCCAUCCUGUGUGUUCUGUGUGCGAGGAUGCCUCUGGGUCCCAGCGUCGACAUGGCCGAGCUCGCAUCGAGAACUUCAGGCUUCGUAGGAGCGGACCUCAGUGCUUUGUGCAGGGAGGCUGCCAUGCACGCUCUACGAGAAAGCUCUAAGACUCAUGCAUGUUUUUUUCUUUUACAUUAUUGUCUGCAGGGUUCAGGGUCCUGCCUGCGCGGCAGCCUGGGCAGGACGGAGCUCACUCCGGUGUCCUUGGAGCAGAUAGGAGGCCUGGACGAGGUCAAGCUCAAACUAAGACAGAGUAUCGAGUGGCCGAUGAAGUACCCGGAGGCGUUUGUGCGUCUGGGUCUCAGUCGGCCCCGUGGCGUGCUGCUCUACGGACCUCCAGGAUGUGCAAAGACGACCCUUGUCAGAGCUGCAGCGAGCUCCUCCCACUGUGCCUUCCUGUCUGUCAGUGGCGCUGACCUCUACUCUCCCUAUGUCGGAGACUCAGAAAAGGCUUUAGCACAGCUGUUUCGACAAGCCCGCGCCUGCGCCCCCUGUAUCCUGUUCCUCGACGAGAUUGACUCUCUGAUUGGCUCUCGGUCGAACAACCAAUCCAGCGGUGUGCACACACGCCUCCUGUCUGUGCUGCUGAAUGAGAUGGACGGGGUCGGCCUGAAGUCGCUGGAGAGGAGAGGGACUGAGAAGAUCCUCCAGGCAGAGGGAGUGGAGGAGACUCGCCCUCAGGACCAGUUGGACUGCCAGGAAGUAUGCAACAGAGAUGUGAUGGUUGUAGCCGCCACAAACAGACCUGACUGCUUAGACAGCGCCCUCCUCAGGCCUGGCAGACUGGACCACAUCAUCUACGUCCCACCACCCGACCAGCAGGCUCGACUCGCUGUCCUGAAGGUGUGUAUGCAGUCAAUGCCUGUCGCUGCUGAUGUGUGUCUGGAGGAACUAGCGUCAAAGAGCGAGCUUUACUCUGGAGCUGACCUGGAAAACCUGUGUAAAGAGGCUGCUCUGCUGGCGCUUCAAGAAGAGAACAUGGCGGCUUCUGUCAUCAAACACACUCACUUCCUGAAGGCCCUCAGAAAGAUGAGCCCCUCUCUCACUGCACAGCAGAUACACACAUAUCAAACACACCUCAGAUGACAAACCGCACAUCACCACGUCCUCUGUAGUGAUGACUUGUUAAAACAAUGUUUGAAAUAAAAUGUGUGAAACGUGA